UUUCAAAGGAUGAAUACAUUUUUCAGGUUUUGAAUCAUUUCCUUCUUUCUCACUGAAAUUGUAGCUCACGUGGGAUUUUACUGCCUGAAACCGAAGGUCCCGCACCUCCGAGCAAUGACCAGAUGCACUCAUGCAGCACAAAGACUCCGUUUCGCCUGUCAUCCCGGCCACUGAGGUUGGGCCAAGGUCACAGGAUUCCAUUAUCUCUGGAUAAAUAAUCUUACCUGGGAGUCCUACAGGGAGAGAUGUCAGUGCCCAGGCUUGAGUCCCAGGUCUGCUGGGGUUUGGCCUAUCUGGAAGCCUUCCUUUUUUUCCCCUCAAGCUGUCUGUUCUAGCAGGUCCCCCUGGAAGUUUUCCCAGCAGAUCUGUCAUUCAGGGAUUUCUAUUUCUCUGGACACUUGUUGGCCUUCAGUGCUCUGUAACUAAGUUGCCAAGAGCUUUGCCUAUUUUGAUGACUGGCCCGGUUUACUGGUCUGGAACCCCAGGCAUGGCUUCUUCAUCUGCCCUCACAGGGCCUUGCACGGGACCAGACACCUGAGAAAUGCUCAGGAAAUUUCUGUGGAUUCCAUUGACCGAUUCCAGUUAAAGCUCAAGACAGUCCUGGAGGUUCUGAAUGGAAACAAUCCGGGGGGGGGGGGGCCGGCGAUCAGAUGAUUAAGCGGACUUACCUGUGUAGUGACUUUGCAGUCAACUAAUUUUCAUGGCUCUUGAGAAAUUGUAACAUUUUUGACAUCCCCCUUUUUUUAUCCCAGAAUGACACCUCACCCCAAAACACACUAAAUAAUAUACCAUAGUUUUAAUAUUACAGUUUCAAACGAAGACACAUUGACACAACAGCAGACAUUCAGAGAACAUCCAAUAGAAUGAUUUUGAGAAGCCGGUCAAGUUCAGGUGAACAUUCUGCUUUGUGUUAGCGUGCCGUGUAGGUGAGGAUGAGAGGCAGCUGCUUCUACUACCCUUCAGUCCACGGUUUCUGUGAAGGGCCAGAGAGUAAAUAAGCUCCAGGGGCCAUAUCUGCGUCGUGGGCCUACUCAGCUCUGACCUUGUAGCGUGAAAGCAAUCAUAGACAAUAUGUAAACGAAUGGGGGUGACUUUCUUCCAAUAACAUUUAUUUACAAAAAUAGGUGGUGGCCCAGAUUUGGCCCAUGUGCCCGAGUUUACAGACCCUUGCUUUUGUCUCUUGUAAGCACUCAUUAUUUUUCUAUACUUGGAACUUCUUUAUUUUGCUCUAAUUUUUUUUUUCUGUGCUACAACCUUUUUUUUUUCUUCUCUCUUUUUUUAAGAUUUUAUUUUUAAGUAAUCUCUGCACCCAUUGUGGGGCUUGAACCCACAACCCCGAGAUCAAGAAUCAUACGCUUCACCGACCGAGUCAGCCAGGCGACCCUUCUGUGCUACAAAUUUAUUUUUAAAUGCAGUUUGAGUGCAAGAUAAUCAACAUCUCCCCAAAGGUUGAAAACUUAAUGCAGAAAAUGGCACAGAAUGAAGAAUGAACCUUCUAAUGAAUGAUUCACCGGCACCCUUUCUCCUCCCAAUCCCCACCUGCUCUCAAGUCUUCUUUACUCCUUUGGUGAGUAAAAUAAAACUUCAUUACUUGCAUUACAUGAACAAACUGUAUUUAUUUUCAAUACCUAGAAAGUUGUUACUUUUAUAGACCUUUUUUUUUUUAAAGAUUUUAUUUAUUUAUUUGAGAGAGCGAGAAUGAGAGAGAGAAAGAGUACAUGAGAUGGGGGAGGGUUAGAGGGAGAAGCAGGCUCCUCGCUGAGCAGGGAGCCCGAUGCGGGACUCGAUCCUGGGACUCCAGGAUCAUGACCUGAGCCGAAGGCAGUCGCUCAACCAACUGAGCCACCCAGGCGCCCUAUAGACUUGUUUUCAUUGUUCAAUUAAUACAUUGUUCCCUCCGCAUUUGCAUAUCUUCGUUUGGGUUGGAAUGCAUUGGAGUUUUCCUAUUAAGACUAAUGGAAGUCUUUUUUGGUUUACUGGCUUUUCACUUCGCAGUUGAGUGUUCCGGAAAGAUCACCAUUGCCUGUCAGUUUGGCUCCGGAAGGUGUGGGGAGAUGCGGAGGAAAAAGGAAAGCGGGAAGAAGUGGCGUCACGCUUGUGUGGGUGUCCUCUCCCUUGUGCCCGGGGAGCUCGGACAAGCUGCAGACGCGCAGUGCACGGCAGCGAUCCCCGCACCGACUUUCCCUUUCCUGAGUUUGCUGUGCUGCUUGAGGCUGGGCCUUGGGCCUCAGUGUUCUCAUGUGCAAACCAGAGAUAAAAAGGCCUUUGCUAUCAAGCACGUACAUUUACCAUGAGGUUAAAAUGGGAAAUGAACGUGCUAUCCUUCUGUGAUAUAUUAUUAUUGUUUGAGCAUUUAGUGAAGGAAUUAGGAGGCUGAAAGACCCCCAGAUACUAGCAUCUGAGUGUCCUGAAGCUGCCUUUUUUCUUAAGAUUUUAUUUAUUUAUUUGACAGAGAGAGACACAGCGAGAGAGGGAACACAAGCAGGGGGAGCGGGAGAGGGAGAAGCAGGCUUCCCGUGGAGCAGGGAGCCCGAUGCGGGGCUUGAUUCCAGGACCCUGGGACCAUGACCUGAGCCGAAGGCAGACGCUUAACGACUGAGCCACCCCUGAAGCUGCUUUUUAAGAGAUUUUUUAGGCUAUUAGUGGAAGAGCAAGAGAACCUUGGAUGUCAACGCCUAACAGACUCUUGAGACCAGCCACCAAACCACAAAAAGUGACCUUCUCUUCGCGUGGCCUCUACGUCCUUCCUGAUGGAGGCAGAAAUGGGGAGCAGCAUGGAGACUGGAAAGACGGCCAGUAGAGGCACUCGAAUCGCCCUGGCUGUGUUCAUUGGUAGCACCCUGGUGCUGGGCAUGAUCCUCUUUCUAGUGAGUCAAGGUUUCUUAAGUCUCCAAGCUAAACAGGAGUACUGCUUGAAGCCAGAAUGCAUCGAAGCUGCUGCUGCCAUCUUGAGUAAGGUAAAUUUCUCUGUGGACCCUUGUGAUAAUUUCUUCCGGUUUGCUUGUGAUGGCUGGAUAAACAGUAAUCCGAUUCCUGAAGAUAUGCCAAGCUAUGGGGUUUACCCUUGGCUGAGACAUAACGUUGACCUCAAGUUGAAGGCACUUUUGGAGAAAUCCAUCAGUAGAAGGCGGGACACUGAAGCCAUACAGAAAGCCAAAAUCCUUUAUUCAUCUUGCAUGAAUGAGAAAGCAAUUGAAAAAGCAGAUGCCAAACCAUUGCUACAUAUCCUGCGGCACUCACCUUUCCGCUGGCCUGUGCUUGAAUCCAAUAUUGGUCCUGAAGGAGUUUGGUCAGAGAGGAGGUUCAGUCUUUUGCAUACCCUUGCAACAUUUCGUGGUCAAUACAGCAAUUCUGUGUUCAUCCGAUUGUAUGUGUCCCCUGAUGACAAGGUGUCCAACGAGCACAUUUUGAAGCUGGACCAAGCAACUCUCUCCCUAGCCGUGAGGGAAGACUACCUGGAUAAUACCACAGAAGCCAAGUCUUAUCGGGAUGCCCUUUACAAGUUCAUGGUGGAUACGGCUGUGCUUUUGGGAGCUAAUAGCUCCCGAGCGGAGCAUGACAUGAAGUCAGUGCUUAGAUUGGAAAUUAAGAUAGCGGAGAUAAUGAUUCCACAUGAAAACCGAACCAGUGAGGCCUUGUACAACAAAAUGAACAUUUCCCAGCUGAGUGCUAUGAUUCCCCAGUUUGACUGGCUGGGCUACAUCAAGAAGGUCAUCGAUGUCAGAGUCUACCCCGGCCUGAAAGACAUUGGCCCCGCAGAGAACGUGGUCGUCCGUGUCCCGCAGUACUUUAAGGAUUUGUUUAGGAUAUUAGGCUCUGAGAGAAAGAAGACCAUUGCCAACUAUUUGGUGUGGAGGAUGGUUUAUUCCAGAAUUCCAAACCUUAGCAGGCGUUUUCAGUAUAGGUGGCUCGAAUUCUCACGGGUAAUUCAGGGGACUACAACUUUGUUGCCUCAAUGGGACAAAUGUGUAAACUUUAUCGAAAGCGCCCUCCCUUAUGUUGUUGGGAAAAUGUUUGUGGAUGUGCACUUCCAGGAAGACAAGAAGGAGAUGAUGGAGGAAUUGAUUGAGGGUAUUCGCUGGGCCUUUAUUGACAUGCUGGAGAAAGAAAAUGAGUGGAUGGACGCAGGGACAAAAAGGAAAGCCAAAGAAAAGGCGAGAGCUGUUUUGGCAAAAGUUGGCUAUCCUGAGUUUAUAAUGAAUGAUACUUAUGUUAAUGAAGACCUCAAGGCAAUCAAGUUUUCAGAAUUCGACUACUUUGGCAAUGUCCUGCAAACCCGCAAGUACUUAGCACAGUCUGAUUUCUUCUGGCUGCGAAAAGCGGUUCCAAAAACAGAGUGGUUCACGAAUCCAACGACCGUCAAUGCCUUCUACAGUGCAUCCACCAACCAGAUCCGGUUUCCAGCAGGAGAGCUCCAGAAGCCCUUUUUUUGGGGAACAGAAUAUCCUCGAUCUCUGAGUUAUGGAGCUAUAGGAGUAAUUGUUGGACAUGAAUUUACACAUGGAUUUGAUAAUAAUGGUAGAAAAUAUGAUAAAAAUGGAAACCUGGAUCCUUGGUGGUCUACUGACUCAGAAGAAAAGUUUAAAGAAAAAACAAAGUGCAUGGUUAACCAAUAUAGCAACUAUUAUUGGAGGAAAGCUGGCUUAAAUGUGAAGGGAAAGAGGACCCUGGGAGAAAAUAUUGCUGAUAAUGGAGGUCUGCGGGAAGCUUUUAGGGCCUACAGGAAAUGGAUAAAUGACAAGAGGCAGGGAGUUGAGGAGCCUCUCCUACCAGGCAUCAUCUUCACCAACAACCAGCUCUUCUUCCUGAGUUAUGCUCACGUGAGGUGUAAUUCCUACAGACCAGAAGCUGCCCGAGAACAAAUCCAAAUUGGUGCUCACAGCCCCCCUCAGUUUAGGGUCAAUGGUGCAGUUAGCAACUUCGAAGAAUUCCAGAAAGCCUUUAAGUGUCCACUGAAUUCCACGAUGAACAGAGGCCUGGACUCCUGCCGACUCUGGUAGCUAGGCCGCUGUUGUAUGCCGGCCCGAGAGCCAUGCAGUACUAGUAGAGGCCACACGGAGCGCUCAUCGCCACUGCUUUCAGCCUAUAUUCCCCGCCCUGCCCCGCCCCGCCCCGCCCCGCCCCACAGGACUCCUGGUUUUAGCACAUCUUCCUUAUUUGGGUGUUGGUUGGAUCUAAACACUAUAUUCAAGUUGUAGGGCUCAAAAAAAUGGAAUCCGAGAAGGGAUCCCAGUAUGUUUCUUUACAAAACCAAACUAACAAAAAUAAAUCUCUAGGCCCCUUUUGUUAAAACAUUAUCUGCUGGAUUGUUGCUCUUGUCCAUUUUUAGUGUGUAAACAGCUAGAUGGUAGAUACCGUUCUAAGCCACAGCUUCGCAGGGGGCCUAAGUAGAAUGUAUCCAGAAAAAAAAUUCUGUCUAUUAAAUGUGUAACCCUCAAUGAUGAAGACAUGUUCCUGGAAUACCUGGUAGGUCUUACCUCUCUAUAGAACAUGGUGCUAGGCUUUAUGUAUCGUCGUCCCCAGCGUUUAUAAACUCUAUGGUAGUUAAGUUAGAAAUGUGUUGAAGCUUCAUUUUACAGUUUCUGCUGAAAUUUUUGCCUUCAGUUUGGAAGUCUGUUGGGAUGAAAAUGCAUCUCGCAGCUUAUAUCUGACGUCGCUGAUUGCCCUGUUUCAGUCAGCCUGAACAAAGCUGGCCAAAAGGCUACUUGAGAAAGGAUUUCAGUUUAUCAAAUAGAAAAAAGAAAAAAAAGAUGUGUCUUUAAGGCCCGGAAGAAGUCACAACUCCUCGUCAUGUAACAGUGGGGACAUGAAGAGAUGAAAUCUCCACCAUUUGAUCUCUUUUGCCCAAGCCUCAGUGAUUAUGUCUGUCUGCCGGACACUUUUCUUUAGUCCAAUUCUUACUUGUCUUAUUACCCUCAUAUAUGAGCACUUUUUUGAUUCUGAAAUGAGCAGGCAUUGAGAAGAUGAUUUUCUGAUUCUCCAUUAGGGACGUUACAGCUUCCGUUCUCCUUUAGCACAAAGCAACAAAUACCACAUUGAGGUGUGGGUGCAAAGUACCCUUGAGUUUUGCCUCAGUUAAUGUUACCUCUCUUUGAAAAAAGCUUUUUGAAAAAUUUCUUGAUUGAAGACAUUUUAGAAUUUAUUGAUUAAAUUUAGAAUUCCCUGCAUAGUCCAAAGAAACGUAAUUUUCACUGUCCAGGCCUUCUAAAUAGCCUGUAAGGAAGAGCAGGACUAAGUUUUUGAUCCUCAGGACUUUAUGCUUUCAAGGGAACUCCAUCUCUUAUUAGUGUGUGUGUGUGUGUGUGUAGGAUAUAAUUGUGAUGGCCUUAAACUGGCAUUUCCAGUUUCUUAAAAUAGCUGUCACCCCUUUGCGUUAUUCAUUGUGUAUGCAGUUUUGGCCAAUAGGAAAAUCUCAAAAGCAAAAGGACAAAUUCAGACUAACCAUGGGAGGCCAUUUUGCACCCCUGUGAUUUGUUGUCCUAUUUACUUUUUAAAUGUAAGUGUGUGCCAUGUCUUUUCGAAACCGUGGGAACUUCUGAAGGGAGAAAAAUGCAGGGGCUCCAUCAUGAGGAAAACAGUUACACUGCUUUAGAGGAGAGUGAUUUCCCCCUUGACCUCCUCCUCUCCGAAUGAAUGAACUUCUGAAGAGCAGUUACUUUUUCCUCCUUUUAACUAAGGCUUAAUGUGACCUUAGUUCAUAUUUUUAAAAACAAGGGGAAUUAGGGUAGGGCUGCUAGGAGAGUACAUGCCUUUUCUCUGGAGGAAUCAUUCUGAUUUGGUUUAGACAUACAAGAUGCUCCUUGUUUUAUCCUGGUACUUGGACAUUUAAAAUCAGCUGAGGUUUCUUAUGCUUUUAUGGAUAGCAGUUUCCUUCUAGAUUUCUCUUUUUAAACUCCCAAUAAACACAUUCCUGCAGGUCAGAGAAAGUGUUUGAUAAAAGCAUAGGAUUAAGACUUUGGAAAUGGGCAUCCAUCAGUCAGUCGUUGAUUGAGGACAGCUGGUUGAUCAGCUGGGGCCCUACAAUUUCUAAGCAAUGUGGCUGCCUUGUCCUGAUUAACUUUCCUUGAUAUGUCAGUUAUCCUGAAAAUUGUAGAUACGAUGGCCAUUAUUAAAACAAAAUAACCCCAAAGCAGCGAUACCAAAUCCUCAAUACUAGCUAGAACAAAUUUCCGGUAGGAUUGGAUAUCCAAAUACAUGCUCAUUGUUUAAAUUUUCAGACGACACUCUCCGUUGUUCCUUUUCUUCGAUACAGAUCGCUAAAGGAAGCAGACACUGAGUAAGUGGUAGAGGGAAGAAGGUAAAACGCAAGUGGAAGGAAAGGUAAAAAAGUAGGGAGAAGCUGGCCUAAGAAUAUGUUGCUGAAGAGAAGACAGGAUUUGGGCAAUCCUGGCAAAGCACAUCCACUGGAGUAGAGCCAUAAAGUUUUACAAAAAUAAUUAUGGUAAGUCAAAAGGAAAUUAGAUACUGGAUCACAGACUAGGACUGCUGUCACAUACUUUUCUGAUUCAUAUACCAGAUGUUCUGCCAAUGGACUAUUGUCUGGGUGUUGGAAGGAGUUAGGGUUUUUGUUUUUGUUUUUUUUUUGAAAAUUCUCCCAGAUUAGUCAAGGAUUUUAUGUAUAUAAAGUGCUAUUAUUUGAGCUUAUCACCAUUGCCCAAAGUUUGUUCAGCUUUUCACCAGCCACACAGCAUUGGCCUCCUAUUUUCCUUUUUUCCUUUUAUGAGAUGGACUUGGACAUGACUGAUGCAAGCUCAGGAUUCGUAAAUUAUCCUGAAGUUUAUUCAGUGCCUUUCCUCAAUGGAGCUUAAAGCAUAGCACAUAAAUUUUAUCUUCUUUAGCCCUGGAGCAUCACUAAAAAGCAACAAGGAAUGAUGGCUUGCCACACGGGUUAUGCUCAUGCCAGAGAAGUGGAGAGAGGUUUGAAAUUGCUUUGUCGAGUAUCCCAGAAUCAGGAAAGGCAGAGUCUUUGUUCUGUGGGCUGCUGACCUCUGCAUUAACCUUCAUCCCUUAGAUUACCCCAUUUCUAAAUACAUUUAUCCUCUUAGUAUUUCUAUAAUCACUUAGCAUUUGAUGGGCUUCUUCCCUGAUAUUUUUAACAUAACAUCUUAGUUGCAUAUUAAGUUAAGGAAGAAUAUGAUUUUUCAUGCAGCAACAUUCUCGUCACCGGUGGCCAUGCCCCCACUGGUUUGAAGAAAGGUGUUCUUGCAUUAUGUGUUUUAUAUCUAAACGGUCAUUGUAUUUUCUUCUCCUACUUGUGGAACAAUGUGAACAGUCAUUUUAAGGACAAUAAAAAAGUUGAAGAUUUUCUGUUUCCUCUCUUUUUAUUUUUAUGUAUGUAUGUAUGUGUGUAUGUAUGUUUUACUGUCUCUUAAAAAAUACUAUAAUCUAUUG